AUGCAGCCGCAGCCACCGCAUACUCCGACGAGGAUCUCGACAGCGGAAGUUUGUUUUUUUGGCGAGUACUCGGUGGCGGGGUUCAUUGUCGUCCUUGUAGGGGGCCGAAGCUGCCUCCUGGACCAGAAUCUGAGCCCGCACUGCGUUAAGUGUGCGCGUAAGUGCCCGCAGUCCUCUUUGGGUGGAAUCCUGGAGCAGAAGCAGUCGCUCCAGCCGAUGGCCAGCAGACCUGUUUGCGGCGCCGACGGUAAUACUUACAAGAGUGCAUGUCAUCUGCGUCUAGCGGCUUGUCGCGCAGGCCGCGCUAUUCCAGUAGCAUACAAAGGCCAUUGUAAACAGAACUCAGACUGCACGACGAUAAGAUGCCGAGAGGGUCAAACAUGUCUGACAGAAAUAAAAACAAAUCGGCCGCGGUGCGUGACUUGCAUGUACCGAUGCCCCGGUGCCCAGAGGAAGCACGAAAAUUCCGAAAAGAGGCAGCAGUUCCGCGGCGAUGACCCGGGAUAUCCAUCAGCAAAUCCUCAAACCGGUCACUCAAACAACUGGGCAGUUCUAGUAUGCACAUCAAGAUUUUGGUUCAACUACCGUCAUGAAGCGAACGCGCUGUCAGUGUACCACAGCAUCAAGCGCCUGGGAAUCCCCGACUCCCAAAUAAUCCUGAUGUUAGCAGACGACAUGGCCUGCAAUCCCAGAAACCCGCGACCUGCGACAGUCUUCAACAACGUCAAGCAGCACAUAAACGUCUAUGCUGACGACGUGGAGGUAGACUACCGGGGAUACGAGGUCACUGUCGAGAACUUUGUGAGGCUGCUGACCGGCAGACUGCAUCCAGGAGCUCCGAGGUCCAAGCAGCUGCUGACUGACGAGCGCUCCAAUAUUUUCAUAUACUUGACAGGUCACGGCGGCAACGGGUUCCUCAAGUUCCAGGACUCUGAAGAGAUCACCAGCCAGGACUUGGCUGACGCUCUUGAGCAGAUGUGGCAGAAGCGCAGGUACCAUGAAAUUCUGUUCAUUGUCGACACUUGCCAGGCUAGCUCCAUGUACGAGAAAAUUUACUCGCCUAAUAUUUUGGCUAUCGCUAGCAGUAAAGUUGGAGAAGAUUCCUUGUCGCAUCAUGUGGAUCCAGAUAUAGGUGUCUACAUUAUUGACCGCUACACAUACUACGCUUUAGAUUUUUUGGAAAAAGUCGAGCCUUCAAGCUCUAAAAAACUUAGUGAAUUUUUGAAAGUCUGCCCAAAACACUACUGUUUAUCAACAGUAGGCGUUAGACGGGACCUAUUCCGUCGAGACCCAGAAAAAGUUCCAGUGACAGACUUCUUCGGGUCCCUCAGGCCAGUGGAGCUGACUGAUACCAUUGUUACCAUUAUUCCUACCAAAGGAAACAGAACUCGAAAGACUGAAAUUGAGCGCAAGCUUCACUACACUCCACAAUUUCCAGAUGUUACUUUGCUAUCUUGA